AUGAUAAAGAAAGUAGCUGUUAUCGGCGGUGGUCCUGCAGGACUAUGUUCUGUCUACCAAGCAUUGAAAUCUCAAUCUGAAGAUUAUGGAUUUGAAUGUGUUGGAUUCGAGGGUAAAUCGAAAUUGGGUGGUGUUUGGAGCGAUACACCAGGUGAAUCUCUCGAAUCUCCCACGGUAGUUGGUCAAUUGGCCAAACUGCAGGACCCUACAAUAGCCCAUGACCCUAGAAAUAUCUUCUAUGAUAAUUCACCCCUUGUUAAUCCCGCAGAUGGAUCUAUUCAACUCAAGACCCUAUCCGGUACUGGAAAUAAGAAGCCAUUGAAGAUUAGUAGGAGACAAUCUCUAAGGGAUGGUAUAUGCUUUGCUGACAAGACAGGUAUCUACGACGAUUUCGUAAGUAACACCCCGAAGGAAAUGAUGAGUUUUGAGAACAGCUCUAUUGGCCAGUCUAAUCCUGAUAUUUAUCCGCUAGUCGAUUUGCCUAGUAUUAAGAAAGCAUUUCAUGAAUUUAUCGACAAGAAUCAGUUACAAUCUCACUACAGAAUGAAUACUAGUGUGGAGUAUUUAGACAAGUUCGGUCCUACCAAAUAUGUGAUAGUAGCUAAAAAAUCUGAUCCUGCUACGGAUUAUGAUGAAUGGUAUUUGGAAAGCUUUGACGCCGUUAUCAUAGCUAAUGGACAUUUCUUAACUCCAUACAUUCCCUAUUACAUGAGCCAGCCUAAAGAUGGUGAAUUAGCUGCAAAGACUAUCCACGACUUUAAUAAGAAGUUUUCAGGAGCUCUUGUACAUCUCAGAGAUAUCGAUGGUUGGUAUCACAAUGUUUUACCACAACUACCUGAAAAAUCCCAACAUAGACGCCUGGUAAUUGUAGGAAAGAGUUUUAGUUGUAUGGAUGUCUUAAAGAGAAUUCAACAUUUACAAGAUAGUGGUGACUACGAGAUAAUAAUUUCUACAAAUCAGAAACCUGAACCAGAUGAACGUAGUCCCUUCAAGUGGUUUGACGAAUGGCUUUUACAAACUGAUAGAGUGACUAUCAAGCCCCAGAUUCAAGAGUUUGACCUAAGUACAAAUGACCCUCAGAUCAAAUUUGUUGAUGGUUCUCACUACAAGGUGGAUUACGUUCUAUUUGCUACAGGUUACCUAUACAGUUUCCCCUUCAUUUCGCCACAGUUAUUAGAAAGCUGUAGAAUAACCACUACACCUGACCCCAGAAAUGAGGAUCAUCAGCCAUCCAACGUCUCUAGGGUCACAGGUCUCUAUCUGCAUACAUUUUCGAUAGCGGAACCUACCCUGACGUUCUGUGGAAUUUCGAGCAAUGCUAAUUUCCAAUCAUUUGACAUCUCAGCAAAAGCUAUUGUGGGAGCCUUCACUAAGUUUAAUAAGCAAUUCCAACUACAAAACCCGGUUGAUUUUCCCCAUUUUGAUUCCGUCUGGAGCCAAGUUUUACCCCCAAUUAGAGAGCAACUAAUGUGGACUCAGGAGAGAUAUCUAAAGACUGGUAACAGCGGUGCAUUUCACUAUUACUUCCCGCUAGAACUACUAUUUCAAGAAUGGCUCGAGCCUUCUAAGAGAAUUUUUCCAGAUGGUGAACAAGUCCAGUUUCCUUCCAGUUGGCGUGAACAGAGAAAGGAUGGAUUCGAAAGACUACAAAAGCUGUUCCAGAAUGCAAUGCAGACUGGUUCAUCGCAUUGA